CUGCCAGAAGGAAGCCGCCACCUGCUCCGGUGCGGAGUCGCUCCUCGCUGCGCGCCGAGAGGGAGAGCAGCCGCCCCGCCGCCCGCGCCCGGGAAGUUACCGCUCCUCCCGCCGCCGGGGGAAAGCCGCCGCUGCCGCUUCCCGGCCUCGCAGAGGGAGAAGUCGCCGCCCCGCUCCGCUGCGAGAGGGAAGAGCCCCCGCGGGCGCGCCGCCCCGCUCCGCCGCUGCCUCCCGGUCCCGCCGCGGGCAGGCGGGAUGAUGGAGCCCCCCGCCACCGCCGCCUGCGCCUCCUGCCGCCGCCGCCCGCUGCCGCCGCCCCUGCUCUGCCUCCUGCUCGCUGCUCUCUGCCUGCCGCCAGCUCUGGGAUUGUACACAGUAAAUGCAAUAUAUGGAGAUACUAUAAUUAUGCCUUGUCCUCUAGAAGUACCAGAAGGUCUUAUGUUUGGAAAAUGGAAAUAUGAAAUGCCAAAUGGAUCUCCAGUAUUUAUUGCCUUCAGAUCAUCAACAAAAAAAAGUGUACAGUAUGAUGAUGUACCAGACUACAAGGACAGGUUGAGUCUCUCAGAAAACUACACGUUAUCCAUCAAGAAUGCAAGAAUCAGUGAUGAAAAGAGAUUUGUAUGUAUGCUAGUUACAGAAGACGACGUUUCCGAAGAGCCGACGAUAGUCAAAGUUUUCAAACAACCCUCUCAACCAGAAAUCUUACAUCAAGCAGACCUCUUAGAAACAGAGAAGCUACAAAUGCUUGGGGAGUGCGUUGCAAGAGAUAGUUAUCCUGAAGGCAAUGUUACAUGGUACAAAAACGGGAGAAUUCUGCAGCCCGUGGAAGAUGUUGUGGUUAUAAAUUUGCAGAAGAUUGUGGACAAAUCAACUGGACUCUUCACCGUGACAUCAUCUCUUCAGUACAUGCCAACAAAGGAAGAUGCAGAUGCCAAGUUUUCUUGCAUUGUGACUUAUUAUGGACCAUCUGGCCAGAAAACAAUACAGUCUGAACCAAUUGUCUUUGAUGUUCACUAUCCAACAGAGAAGGUGACUAUUCAAGUGCUGUCACAAAGUAGGACCAUUAAAGAAGGCGAUAACAUCACUCUGAAGUGCUCAGGAAAUGGCAACCCUCCUCCACAGGAGUUCCUGUUUUACAUUCCAGGAGAAACAGAAGGUAUAAGAAGCUCAGAUACUUACGUAAUGACAGAUGUCAGGCGAAAUGCAACGGGAGAAUACAAAUGCUCUCUGACUGACAAAAGCAUGAUGGAUUCAACCACCAUCACUGUGCACUAUUUGGAUUUGCAGCUUACUCCUAGCGGAGAAGUCACAAAACAGAUUGGGGAGGCCCUGCCUGUGUCAUGCACGAUUUCUUCUAGCAGAAAUGCAACUGUGUUUUGGAUAAAGGAUAAUACCAGAAUGCAAACAAGUCCGUCAUUUUCAAGUCUUCAGUAUCAAGAUGCUGGAAACUACGUCUGCGAAACUGCUCUACAGGAGGUCGAAGGAUUAAGGAAAAGACAGACACUUAAACUUAUUGUGGAAGGAAAACCUCAAAUCAAAAUGACGAAGAAAACCAACACAAAUAAAAUGUCUAAAACAAUUAUCUGCAACGUGGAAGGUUUCCCCAAACCAGCAGUGCAGUGGACAGUUACUGGUACUGGAAGCAUCAUAAAUAAAACAGAGGAGACAAAAUAUGUUAAUGGGAAAUUUGCCAGUAAAAUUAUAAUUGCUCCUGAGGAAAAUGUGACUUUAACUUGCAUUGCAGAAAAUGAGCUAGAAAGGACUGUGACCUCCAUGAAUGUCUCUGCUAUAAGUAUUCCAGAAUAUGAUGAGCCAGAGGAUAGAGGUGAUGACAACAGCGAAAAGGUUAAUGACCAGGCAAAGCUAAUAGUGGGAAUUGUGGUCGGUCUUCUGCUGGUUGCCCUGGUUGCAGGUGUUGUCUACUGGCUCUACGUGAAGAAAUCAAAGACAGCAUCAAAACAUGUAGACAAGGAUCUUGGAAAUAUAGAAGAAAACAAAAAAUUAGAGGAAAACAAUCAUAAAUCUGAAACUUAAGAGAAAAUGUGUCAGUCAUCAUUCCAGAGAAUACAUAUAGACCAAUUGAAGCAUGAACGUGGAUUGUAUUUAAACAUAUACAAAGAAGUGACAGCUAUUCAUGGUUCAAGUAUUAAGCAGAUCAUACUACCAAGUUUUCAAAGGAUUUUAGACAUAAUUAUCUUGAGAUAAAACAACCCCACAAACUAAUUUUGGCAACAGCCAUGAUAAUAGGUCACCAUGUUGCGUUCUGUUUGAAAUAUUUUUUUGUAAAUGUCUGCACUGAAGAUUUCUUUUUGUUUGCCUUUAUGUAAAUUUUUUACGUAGCUAUUUUUAUACACUGUAAGGCUUUGUUCUGGGAGUUGCUGUUAAUCUGACGUAUAGUGUAAUGGGUUUUAUUUCAAUUGUUUUUAUGACACCCUUUGAGCAGGUACAUGUCUAGUUCUGGUUGUUUUCAGUGAAGCCUCUGGUUUGUAGCAAGUACCUACAGUGUAAGAUUGUCUUAAAGGAAAAUGUCAAACUCCUUUUUCGUUCUUUGAAAUCACGGUAAAGCAGAAGGGUGACAGCUGUGACAAGAAUAAAUUGUUAAUGAAAGUGAAUGUUUAAAAAAAAACAUGCAAAGCUAAACAAGCCAGAAAGGGAAUAUAGAGUUUCCCUGAAGAAGUCUGGAUAUUGAGCAAGGAACACUAUGAAAAAUUCCUAGCCUACAUACAGACGGUGGCUAAUUAUCCUUUUCUUCUAGAGCAAGACACACAUUUUAUUGAUCACUAUGAGUCGUCUUUCAUGUUAGAAUUAGGAUAAGGAACUGGAAUUCUGGGUUAAUUUUGAUUCCUUUAUGUUAUUCGCUGCCUUAAAGUACUGUAAAUUGUCUUUAUUUCAAAGAGAUACCAGUCAGAAUUGGAACCUUUUUUUAAAAAGUGGUCAUAUCAAAGCUGCAUUUUUUCCCACAAAAAUAGAAUAUAUAUAUUUUUUGUGUGUUUUUGUUAACUAUGCUACAGAUAUUGAAUGCACCUUGAGAUAAUUUUAGUGUUUUUAACUGGUACCUAAUUUAUCAAACAGUACAUAUAAUUGUAACAAUGAAAUGUCUAUGUAUCUUUAGUUACAUUCAAGUUUGUAACUUUAUAAACAUGUUUUUUGCUUGAGGGACUUUUUAGAAUGGUACUUGAUAAGAAAAGGUUUUAGGGUGAAUGGCCAAAAGAAAGUCGUACUUAGGGGAGAUAAGUUCCAAUUUAUCUGGAAGGUUAGAUUCUGGAAGAAGGCAACAGGCAGCUUUGAUGGAGGGGAACAGUAGAUUAAGCAGAACAUCAGGUUUCCAUUUACAAAUAUCCAGGGAAAAAGUAAGUUUUUAUAGACUGGUAGGCAAAAAUAAAUAAAUAAAUAAAUAAAUAAAUAAAAGAAAAAGAUGGACGUUAGGAAAUGUAUUUUGCCACUUUUGCAUUAUUUAGGGGGAAGAAAACACUGUUACUUGUAAAUUUGUAAAAUGUUAAAUGUCUGGGCAGUAGUGACUGAUGUCUUAAUAAAAGCUUCCUGUAGUGCAUUGGCAUGGAUUAAAUACAUAAGAAGUCCUAUAAACUCUAUGCUGUAUAAAAUAUUAGAGGGAAAUCCUGUUAUAUGCCUCUAAACUUUAAUUUCUUACUGUUUUAUUUGGCAAAAAGAAAAAAAAGAAUUAUAAUCUUGGUCGAUAUAUAAACCAAAGUAAAAUGGGGGAAAAACCAAAGUAAUUUGUUUUGCAUGGCUAAGCCAUUCUGUUAUCUCUGUAAAUAUUGUGAUUUUUUUCUUUUUAGAAUUUUGUUAAAAAAAUUCUAAAAUUUUUAAACGCCUCUUUUUCCAAAAUAAAACGUGAACACACAAAAAAGUUACUUUAUAUAUAAAUAUAUCUUUUUCUUUUGGUGCAAGAACACUGCCAAGUGAUACACAUUUUUUUAAAAGAAAAAACAAAUUCAGUGGGCAUGACUCUAAACGGGAAUAGUUGUAACAGAGUCCCGUGAGGGAGUGUGCAAAUAUCACCUGUCUUUGUUUAUAACACUACAGAUAGUUCUUAAAUACAGAGAGGAAACUUCCAAAGAUAGGGAAACCUCCAAAGGGAAAGCAUAGGGAAGGGCUGAAAAUUUUCAUACCACUGUCAGGGGAAUACAGGGCAAAGGAGAAGAAAAAAAGUCCUUCAGCUUCCACAGCUACAGAAGAAGGAAUAAAACCAACUCCUCGCCUUUUGGGAUUCUGCUAGAUCUCCUAUGCACUUUAAAUCGUCAGUCCUGGGAGCUGGGCUUUUACACUGCUCCGAGUUCACUAUAGGCAAGUUUCAAGAACCAAGAGUGCAAAAGAAUUAAUGUUUCUAUCCAUGCCUAAACAAAAAUAAAACUGAAGUAUGUCUUCA